GUUCAUCCCACUUCGCCAAGCAAGCGGCGCAUGGGGAAAUCGCAGCCCAGCCACAGCCUUGGGGGCUUCACGCAUCACUGCGAUGUCGCACGCGUGACUGGUCUAGAUCUCUCCCACCAUCUGCGCAUUUUGCUCUGCUUCGUUCAGCAUUUCUGUGAAGGUGGACGAUCGUGUGCACUGCUGUAUCUUUGCGUUUUCGCAGCAAACGCUCUGCGUUCCUUUUCCCUGUUCGCUUGUUGAGCAUGAGCGCCCUCACCUCCGAGGGGUCGAAUCAGGACCAGCUGCCAAAAGCCACGCCAGAGACGGAGCCACUUCUAGGGAGACGCCCGUCAGAGACGUCCUCUCAACCAUCGGAACCAGCAGCCAAACAGCUCACAACUCGACACGCGUUUGCUGUCCUCGUCACUCUGCAAAUUGGCUCGGGCAUCUUCGCAAGCCCCGCGCAAGUCGACAGCAAUGUGCCCUCGCCCGGCGCUGCACUGCUUGUCUGGGUCCUGGGAGGUCUCCUAUCAUGGGCUGGUGCAGCUUCCUUUGCGGAGCUCGGUGCCGCACUGCCUUUAAACGGGGGCAUGCAGGAAUACUUACGGCACGUGUAUGGCGACACGGCUGCUUUCCUCAUGGCUUGGAUCUACAUCAUGGCCGUUAAGCCUUCUUCGAUGGCAAUACAAAGCAUUGUGAUCGCCGAGUCUGUUGGGUCUGUCAGCUCAAGUGAGCCUCUUGCAGGCUGGCUGUUGAAGCUCAUUGCCGCAACAGCUUUCGUGUCUAUGGUCUUGCUCAAUUCCAUCAAUACCAAAUUCACACUGCGACUGAGCGAGUCCUUCACGGUCUUCAAGAUCUCUACAGUGGGUCUGAUCGUCCUUGGCGGGUUGGUCGCAGCCUUUGCACACCUGAUUAACCCCGAUUCGUCGCUCUCUGGAUCUUCAGACUGGUACUCGAAGAGCUGGUUUGAAACACGACCAACCAUCUCAGAGGGUCACAUCAUUAAUUGGGACUCCAUCAGCACCUGGGAACGCUAUGGCCAUUACUGUGCAGCGAUAUAUGGGGGGCUAUGGGCUUACGACGGCUGGGAUAACGCCAACGUCGUCGCCAGCGAGAUCCGUGACCCUGGUCGCUCGCUUCCUAAGGCUAUCAAAGCUGCCAUGGUUGUGGUACUGAGCUCUUUUGAGUUCGUCAACAUUGCCUACUACAUUCUUCUGUCGUGGGAUAAGCUCAGCUCCAAUAAUGCCGUAGCCGUCUCCGCUGCGUCUUCACUUUUAGGCCGCCCGGCAGGCAUCUUGAUUACGAUACUCGUUGCUGUCUCUUGUGCUGGUUCAGUGACGAGCAACGUUUUCUCGGUUGGAAGACUCACCGUGGCGGCCUCGCAGCGUCAUUACCUCCCUGCUUUCUUCAGCAAGCGCGGCUUGCCUAUGUUGAGUGACGCAGACGCCCGCAACCACAACUCUCUAGCCUCACGUAUCGAUGCUCCUAUCUACGCCAAUAUCCUUGCACUGGUGAUCACUCUGGUCUACAUUCUGACGGGCAGCUUUCGAGCCCUUCUCACUUUCGUUGGAAUGGCGGAAUGGGUGUUUUACGUCAGCACGGUCAUCGGUCUACUUAUACUUCGCCGUCGAGAACCGCAGCUUGAACGACCCUACCGUCCUACAAUAGUCCUGCCUGUGACUUUUGUCAUUGUCGGCACUCUUGUCAUUGUGCGUAGCGCAAUGUUCGCACCAGUUCAGAGUGGAGUUCUCGCUGGUCUUUUGCUCGUAGGCUCUAUAAUCAGCACUCUGCGCUCAAGAUGAGAGUGCGCUCAAGCGCUGUAAACUAUCGGCACCUACAAGCCGUCUGGAAAAGAACGAAGACAACACAGACGUUAUUAACGGCGUGGGUUCCCAACCUCGGUCCUCAUUUUCAUGUCUCUGUAUUCAGUGAGAGCAUUUGCGCAAGUAACCUCGCCAAGACGCGUCUCCACACCUCAACCAGUCAACGCCUUACCCAAUACAAGAUGUGGCAUUGCAACCGCAUGCUCAGAGCCGCGAAUC